AUGGUCGAGGGAAUUGGGGAAUAUGGUAGAGGGUACAAACCCCCUUCCAUGCAUGAACUAAGAACGCGGUUGCUUAAAUCCGAGCAUACAAACGGGAAAGAGCUUCUUCGUCUCGCGGUAACUCGCUUUGCCACUGCUUUCUUAACCCUUCAAAGCAUGUACAAACAAAAGAGGCCUCUUGAAAUCAUGUUUGCUUCUGAAGAAUGGGUUAGUUCUCCUCAAGAUAAAAAAGGUGAAGGAAAACUUAUUAAAAGAAUUGUUAUCAAUGAUCCCGAUUUUUUGCCGCAUGUAGCAUUUUGUGUUAAAAGCACUGUGCCCCUUGUUAGCGUCUUAAGGGAGGUUGAUUCUGAAAAGAGGCCGGCCAUGUGA